UGGAGUGCGCACGCGCACUGGCGGAUCACAUGACGCCGGCACUGUUCAACAUGGCCUGCCACCCCACAGUCAGAUGUCUGAUCGGCAGAGGUUGUAUAUGGCAGCAAACAAACAGCCAACUUGUAUGGAACUGGAGACCAAAACCCUUUACACAUCUGCGAAGAUCCUUCUUCUGGCACAAGCAGCAGAAGUCCACCUACAGUGUGGUCAGACCAGAUGUAGUGAGACCAGCACAGCCUGUCCCAGAGCACAUAAUGAAGCCAGACUAUGUGACGACAGGCAUUAUACCAGACUGGGGAGACUACAUAGAAAUUAAAACUGAAGAUCAGAUUCAGGGGCUCCGACAAGCAUGUCAAUUGGCUCGCCGUAUCCUGCUUCUGGCUGGGAAGAGCUUAAAGGUUGGCAUGACAACUGAAGAAGUCGAUUGUUUGGUUCAUCAGGAGACAAUCAAACAUAAUGCCUACCCGUCUCCUCUGGGCUAUGGAGGCUUUCCAAAAUCUGUGUGUACCUCGGUGAACAAUGUGGUGUGUCAUGGAAUACCUGACAGCCGGCCUCUUCAAGAUGGAGAUAUCAUCAACAUUGAUGUCACAGUGUAUUUUAAUGGUUACCAUGGCGACACCUCUGAAACAUUCCUGGUUGGCAAUGUGGAUGAACGUGGUCGGAGAUUGGUGGAGGUUGCCAAGCGAUGCCGGAAUGAAGCAAUUGCAGCCUGUAAGCCGGGAGCUCCGCUGUCUGUUAUUGGAUGUGCAAUCAGCCUCAUUGCAGAAUCUGAAGGCCUGACUGUGUGUCCUCAGUUCAUCGGUCAUGGGAUAGGCGACUACUUCCAUGGUCAUCCAGAAAUAUUACAUCAUGCCAGUGACUGCUCGGUCCUGAUGGAGGAUGGCAUGGCCUUCACGAUUGAACCGAUUCUGAUGGAAGGCUCUCCAGAGUUCAGAAUCCUAAAGGACAACUGGACGGCGGUGUCAGUGGACGACAAAAGGUGGGUGGCAGUUCUCAGUUUUUUCUUCAAUCCAGGUCAAACACACUUCAUUUUGGUGGCCGUUGCCUUUGUGAAAUUCACCUUUUUCAUUUUCUUUUUAAUCGAUUUUUUUUCCUCUUAAUGUUUUCCCUUUCCUAUCAUGUUUUUUCCUCUUCUUACGUAAAUUGUUGAGUGUUUCAAAACUACAGCGAGCCUGUCAUUAGGCCAAGUGCAACACUGCACUUUGGGGAACAAGACUGUCAAGACACGUUUUGUUCUGCUACCCAAACGUUUAUUCUAAAUGCAUAAAGCAAAGUAAAUGCUUUCUAUUUGUGAGCUACUUUUUGUAUUAGGAGCUUCUAAAGAAACUGAAUAUUCUGGAAAUUAAGUUGUCAUACCCUUCUUUUUGUGUGCCAUUCUUUUCUUUAUUAAGCCCGAGCCCAAAAUCUCUGAGCAAUUUCUAUAUGUGUGAUUACACCGCUCAGCGUUUAAUGAUGCCAUGUAACAAAUUAUGAUUUAGGAAAUGUCAUGGCGGUCUAUACCAGCUGUGAGAAUCAGAGUUCAUUUCAAUUCCUAGCCUUGACACGGCCGGAGUGAAGUUUGCAUGCUCUCCCCAUGUCCAGGUGGAGUCCCUUGAAGCUCAUUGGAGACUCCAAACCGGACUGGUGUUUGUGAGUAGACCUGUGAUGAACUGGCAUCCCUCCCUGGGUUGGUUCCUCCAAUACACAGUUUGAUAUUGGCACAGGGUGCAGCACUUGAAGGUCCAUCCACUGUGUGACACUAAAUAAGCCGCUCUGCACCAAGACGUGCUUAUUAUAUUUAAUAUAAACCUGUCUUGGAGAUCGGAGAAGUUUUGUCUGUGGACCUCUGAGACAGGAUCAGUUCAAGUCACAGACCUGCAGAAGGGUCCUGCUGCUUUGAAGGUCCUGAAGAACACAGUGGCCGCCACCAUUCUGAAGUGGAAGACGUUUAGAGCCACCGUGACUCUUUUUCCUCAAGCUAGCCGCCCAAGCUAGAACUUUAGUCAAGGGGGUGACUAAAAACCCAACGGACACUUUGACAGAACUCUGGAGGUUCUCUGUGGAGAAAGAAGAUCAUGCCAGGUGGACAUCUGUCUCUGCAGCACUACACCAAUUAGGCCUGGUUGACAUGGAGGGCAGACUGAAGUCACUUCUGAUUAAUACGCAUGUGACGGUGUGCUUGGAGUUUGCCAAAAGGUACCUAAAGGUCUCUGAGGCCAUGAGAUUGAAUAAUCUGAUGAAACCAAGAGUGAACUCUUUAGAUUGAAUGGUAAGUGUCACAUCUGAAGGAAACCAAGCACAGCUCAUGACGUGCACAGCAUCAACCAGAUGGUGAAACAUGGCAGUGUGGCAACAGCAAGCUGUGGAGUUGUUUUUUAGUUAGAGCAAAGUACAGAGAGAUCCUUGAAGGAAAUCUCCUCUGAAUUGCCCAGGACCAGGAAUUGCACUGCUAAGGGGGCUGAAUAGAGGGUCCCAAAACUUACAGUGCAUGCAUGUGAUAUUUCUGUUUUCAUUCUGAAUACAUUUGAAAUAAAUGUCAAACUUUGGUUUUACUUUUUGAUUAUCGAGUAUUGUAUGUGGCUGGAUGAUUAAAUAACCAGUUUUAGAGAAUGGCGGCCAAAAUGUGCAAGAAGUGAAAACCUCUGAAUGUGCUCUGUGGGUCUGUUCAUCUAUCUAUCUGUUAUAUAGUGCCUUUCAUAUCUAUCUAUAUAGUGCCUUUCAUCUAUCUAUCUAUC